UAAAUUCGUGAUAAACACUUUGUGUCUCACUUUCACAAUUAAUUUUCAAAAAUGUUACCGAAAUUACAAUUCAAAAAUUGUCUAUUACUAGUGAUCGUAGUAAAUAUGGCAUUAGUUGAUUGCAAGGAACAGCCAAAUAUGGAGGACUUGGAGGACUCGGAAAACUGGACAGAAGUGUCGGCCGAGAUCUGCAAAAAGGAUCACUCGGACGACGUUAAGGCAAAGAUUGAGAAAUGCAAUGAAUUGGACGCAUACUAUAAAUUUAAUAACCUGACCCGACAGUGCGAUAAACUGCGAGCACAUCCCGGAUCAGCUUAUUAUGAAGAUGAGAAGGGAGACUGUCGUUAUCAGGAGUGCUAUAAGAAGUUAAGUCAUUCCAAAGAGUUUAAGGAAUUGAGUAAAGAAUUGGAUUCAUUGAGCGAAGAAACGAGAAUUAAAAAGGGGUUCGAGAGAUAUAAAUGCAUUCGUAAAGCAUUGGGUCUUAAAGUUUGAGUAAUUGUUUUAUGUAACAAACAAAGUUGAUAUUGAAUAUUAAAACUUAUAACAGAUAAAG